GCUCCAGCGUUUCCGCUUCCGAGGCAGCGGCGGCCGGGAGCGCUUGGUGGCAGAGUGGCGGUGCCGAGGCCUUUGCAUGUUCUGUCCCUGGAGAAUACCAAAAAAAGAAAGAGAGGGAGGCAGAGCGGGAGUGACGGGAGCGGAGCCAGGUGGAAACUUGGAGAAGAAGAGGCAGGGCUUCUGUAGCAGCUGUCUGAGGACUCAUAAUCCUUUCUCCAGUGAGAGCUAUCCUGCAGGAGAAAUUUAGUUUUACAGUGACUCAUCCUCAAGAGCAGCAGCCUGUAACUUUUCCUAGCUUUAAACAAGACUAGAGAAACUUGCUGUACAUCCAUUUUGGGCUCUCAAACUCCUGAAAGAUGUCAACUAUGUCAACUAUGUGAAAGGACCAACACAGAAAUGAUUUACUGAAAAAAAUUAUAGUCGAAAAAUUAUUUCCUGGACAAGAGAGAGAAAGCACAAGGAUUUGGUGUGAUCUACGUUUUGAGGACUGUCAGACUACAGCAAUGGCUCAGGCAAGUCUUCUGGCCUGCGAGGGACUCUCCGGGGUUUGCCUUGUGCCAACUGUUGCCAGCAAGAAGAUGAUGCCGAAGCAGAGCUCUAAGCAGAGUCAUCGCAAGGAAAGUGAAAAGACACGCAAUCGGAAGGCAGAGGACACCACUGAAGGAUCGCCACCUAAAAAGUCCCUUAAAAAGGUGGUGGUGAUUGAGCAAAAUGGAUCCUUCCAACUCCGAGAUCCCAAGAACUUUAUUUGUGAGCAUUGCCUUGGGGCAUUCCGAAGCAGCUACCACCUCAAAAGGCACAUUCUCAUCCAUACUGGUGAAAAGCCAUUUGAGUGUGAUGUGUGUGACAUGCGCUUCAUCCAGAAAUACCAUCUGGAGCGUCACAAACGUGUGCACAGUGGGGAGAAGCCGUACCAGUGUGAGCGCUGCCUGCAGAGCUUCUCAAGGACAGACCGGUUGCUGAGACAUAAACGAAUGUGCCAGGGCUGCCCAGGCAAAGAAUCUGACUCACAGCUGCUGCUUUAGGUGCAGGCUGGAAAAGAGGAUUCAGCUGGAAAGUCAAGAGGAUUCUUUGUGGGUCUUUUUCUUCACUUAUUUUUCAUACUGUGUUUUCCUUCUGAGCCUGUUGUGGAAGAGGCAGGUCUGAGCAGGGCACAGACUUUCAGACAAAGUCUUGACACUGUAAAUACAUUGAAGACAAACAGAAGUUGACUGCCAGCCUGGAGACAUCCCUUGCAGUUGUGAAUAUACUUUGGAUGUGCUUUAAAAACAUUUAUCACCAUUUGCCUCAGGAAUGGCUUUGAGAAGAACAGUUGGACCUCCUACGAGUCCUGUGAGUGAUAUUGAUGCUCUUGGUUGACCAGAUACCUGCCAUCGUGCCCGUACAUUGUGCUCACAAAGAUGAAAAGAAUCACACACCAAAUUGUUUUGAAGGGCUGAAGCCUGGGAACAAUGGAUAUAAAAUAAGAUCACCAACAGAUUUUUGAAUCCAGGACUCACAGGAGUGUCUCAUUUGAGUUUUGCCAUAAAAUAUACAGAACUUUAUGCCCUCCUCAUGCAGUAUCUGGGCCUGUAUUCUUUUCAUGACCUUCAAGUUUUAAGAAGCAAAGCUGAAGCAGAUGGCAUAUGCUCUUGAGUACCGCAGAAGUCCAAUUUUCAGAUGUUAUUAUGGGAAAAAUCCAAGAAGAAAUGCUAAAUGAGAUCCAGCUGGCUGGAGGUACACAUCUGGCUAUUUCCAGUGAGAAGAAACUUUGAGACCUUUGAUAGGAAGCGUGGUUCCUAUCUUCCUCCCCUUCUCUAUGAAGAUCCAUGCAUUCAGGCUCCACCCCAUUAAAUGUCCGAUUAAUGCAGAAUUCACAAUAUCGUCAGAGGAGAAUAUCCUUCUGCUCCAUAAAUAAAUCAGCCAACUGAAAUCCAGAAUUACCAACCUCAAAGAAGUAUUCUUCUAGAGCAAGGAAUGAUAAUGUUGGAGUCCAACUCUUUCCCUCCAAAAUUAACUGUCCUGGCUGGGGCUGGACUACACAUCCUCCCACCCAUGUUAACUAUAAACUUCAGAACUAGAUGUUUUGAAACCAAGAUCCAUCCAGCCAUGUUCUUCACUCCAUUGAAUCAGUUUUGUUGCCUUUGGCCAAACAGAAAUCCUACCUCUUUCCUAGGAAAGGCAUAUUUUCUGAGAAGCAGAUGUCUCAAGAUACUCUCGGCUGCUGUCAGAAGUGAAAGCUGUUUCCAAAAGAUUUGGACUGAUUUAAUACUUAACAUUUCUGGCCAGUACGGUUGUACCAUUAGAACAAUCUUAGUAUUCUAUCAAUUCUGCCAUUGAAACAUCUUAUGAACGGACACUUCCAGUUGAGGUAACUUCUCUGUCAUUUUUGCUACAAAACAGAGUUUGCCCUCUCUUCCUCUCCUGUCCUUGGAACUGGCUUCUCUCAGGCCUUUGUUGGCUCCCGAUUCCCUCCCAUCCGUCAAUGCAAGCAAGGCUUUGGGACUUAGAUCAACAGAGGAUAGGUUUUCACCAAUAUGUGUUGCUGAAAGUGCGAUUGCUGCUGAAGGAUUCCAAUAUCACCUGUGCUACUGAAAAGGUUUGUAAAUAGAGAAGCAGGACAUUAAAGAUCAAGGAGGUUUCUUCCAAAGGUACAGUCAUGCAAGAGAAUUAAGUGUACUAGCAAUAGGUGCUGUACUGUAGGAUAAGCUGAAAGAACUGCACUUCUAAACUUGGAGAGAAUAUUCUUUUCGUUAUAUCCUUUGUACUUUUCCAAACUGCUGUUUCCCAGGCAAAUUUCUUUGGUAGACUCCCUUACUCUCACAUAGUCAAGCUAAAUUUUAGUUGGACCAUAUGGGGAAAAAAUCUGUUUCACAUUUCUAUUUAUUCUGUUUAAUCUGCUGUUACAUGAGAUUCCUGGUGCUUUCCCAUCCACAGUGCUUAGCUUCAUUGACUUGCUCAGGUACUCCCGUAUUAUUUACGCAGGUCUCAGAAUUUGCAUAUUAUUAAAUCUCUGGUAGGAAAAAUAAUCAACUAGUGGCAUAGAGAGAACAAUUAGGAAUAAAGAGUGUGUUUCUGUCACCAUUUGUGUACCUGUAGAGUAACCCAUGAGUUUAACCCAUCCCGCUGCAAAGUCUGCUAUAUCUUAAAGCUAAGGUAUGCUAAUGUUUAAGCCUUAAUGGCUACUUUCCCCUAUUAUGUGUUUAAACAGACAUGGAUGAGAAAUUGUAUUGAAAGAGGCCCUGUUCUUUCACUCUCUAAUACACAUUUUAGUAACUAAAUGAAAAAUACGGGGGCUGUUUUAGCUGAAGUUAGUAAUGUCAUCUAUUGCUCAAUAAUUCCUAAUGGCUUAGGAUAAUCCUUGAGAAUUUCAAUAGGGAGAGGAAAGGCUAUACCAAAUGGCCAUUCUUUUUAAAAGAAAGCAAACAGACAAAAAACUCAAGCAAUUGUGUAGCUUUCUUCCACAUUUCUGUGAACUGAGUACUCCAAAAGGGAAAAAAAGGAAUUAUAAUAUGUAUUUGAAACUAGGGAGUAAGGAAGGACAUAUAGUGGGAAUCUGUUUUGUUCUGCAUGUGCAAAAUUGAGGGAAAUCAUGCAAGAAAAGAUUUCUGUCAAUGAGGCAUUUUUAUCCAUUUCUGGAUAGCCAUCUCACCUUCAUCGAUAGUACUAGAUCAGUGGUUCUCAACCUGUGGGUCACCAGGUGUUUUGGACUACAACUCCCAGAAAUCCAGCUAGUUUACCAGCUGUUAGGAUUUCUGGGAGUUGAAGGUCAAAACAUCUGGGGUUCCACAGGUUGAGAACCACUGUACUAGAGGCAUAAAAUUACAAAACAUAUUCUCUUUUGCUAGUUCAUUCCCAGCUGACAGGUUGACUGUUCAGAUCCCCUAAGUAAAGUGUCCCAUGCUGCCAGAUCCAUUUUGUGCCAACUUUUGUGUAUUUGUGUGAUCCUGGCUAAACUUUUACUAAAGCAUGUGUGACUUUUAUAGCACAAGGAUGAGGGCUUUUGAAGACUACCUGCAAGGAAGUUGGUUGUAGAAAAAGGAGAUGUGUGGAAUGAGGAAUAUUUGGUCUGCUCUUAACAUUUGGCCAGUGUAAUCAUUUGAUAGCCUUCAGUCUGGUUUUUCACUGAACACACUAGCAAAGGAAAACAGUUCAUGGUAAUAAAUGGUAGAAUGCUAGCAUUGCUCUGUAAACUGUGCUUCCUAGGUGAAGUAGGUCUAACCUCAGACAGUGACUUGUGCUCCAUCUUUGCUGUUGAGGUUUUUCUCAGAAAGGAGUGGGUACUGGGUAGUAGAGAAAAUGUGGCUGGCUGUGUGGGGAGAAAGUGGAUUCCUGUGUUUCCAUUACAUAAAUCUUUUUUCAUCAUUUGCCAUUCAGCCACCUUUGAUUUCAUCUUCUACCACAAGUUAUCAUGCCUGCCUGUUUGAGCUGUGAUUCAUCUUUACUCUGAAGAAAUUGUUUGCAAGGCAGGACUGCUUCACCCUGUUAAUAUAUCUCAUGUUCCUCAAGUAAAGAGGUGCACUAAGGAAAAGUUGCAGAGCUUUCAGGAAAAUGAUGCUUUGAGAAAGAACUUAAAAAUGGAUCUUAUUUGUAUGUUUAAGGGACUUCAAGCCAUAGUUUCUAAUAGUUACUCCAAAGUGGAGUAAAUAAGUAGAAUGACAUGGCGAAGCCUCCUCCUCCCCCCCCCCCUUUUUCAGGUUGUACUUCUGCAUACAGAAAAUUGACAUGUCACAGAAUUGUAUAGAGAUCAAUGUCUCCAGUCUCCAGCAUGCUAGUAUUCUGUGAGUAAGAAAUUUUGCUUUCUUCACAUGUGUGACUUUCUCUACUCAGUCUCUGGCUGAAAUGGAAUUGUGAAUGCAGCCAUUGAAUCUUCUCACAGUUGAGUUUUAAACAAUACAUCCUAAAUCUGUUGUGAGGCCUAAGUUAAAAGUAGAACAAUUUGAUCAGUGGAAUUUUCUUAUUUAAUCGAUCUACUUUGUUUAGACUAGGGGUCCUCAAACUUUUUAAACAGAGGGCCAGGUCACAGUCCCUCAAACUGUUGGAGGGCCGGAUUAUAAUUUGAAAAAAAUAUGAGUGAAUUCCUAUGCACACUGCACAUAUCUUAUUUGUAGUGCAAAAAAUGCUUAAAAACAAUAGAAUAAUUAAAAUGAAGAACAAUUUUAACAAAUAUAAACUUAUUAAUAUUUCAGUGGAAAGUGUGGGCCUACUUUUGGCUGAUGAGAUAGAAUUCUUCUUCUUGUGUGCUUUCAAGUCGUUUCAGACUUAGGUUGACCCUGAGCGAGGGCCGGGUAAAUGACCUUGGAGGGCCGCAUUCAGCCCCCGGGCCUUAAUUUAAGGACCCCUGGUUUAGACUGUCUAAUGGAAUGCUAACCCACUCAUCUUGUUCUUCAAAGUCAUCAUUAAAUGACAAAACUCCCAUCAAGUGAGUUGAUUGCAGCUCCAAGAAAGAGAUGUUUUGUUUGGAAAUGGUUCACAGAGAAAUGGGUGUCUUCAUAAAAGGCUCCUGUAAGUCUUAGUGGUGUAAUUGAUUAGGAACAAAGUUGAAAUUUACAGAAUUUCACUAUUUUUACACUGGAUGAGGCCAAAGAACCACAGUUGUUUCAAAAUGAAUCUUGUUCACUCAGAUCAUGGCAUGGAGAAGACAUGAUUUCAAAAGAAAGCUGUAUCAUGAUGCAAUUUGAGAAAAAUGACAUUAGGAAAUCACAGUUUAAACCAGGAAUUACUCUUGUUUUUAAAUGUUCUUGAUGGUAAUGUUUCAAUGUCACAUAGAUGUCAUUUUCGCCAAAAGCUAACUAAGAUGGUUCAAUUCUUGGUAGCAAAUAGUUUGAAAUUUGGGUUCUACAUAAGCGAUGACAUUGGUUCCUCUGGCUUGUACACACAAGCUCAUACACAGGCCUUGCGUUUACUAAUGCAUUACUCUCCUCUCUUGGUUGUUGAGUCAAAAGUAGGUGCUCUGAAAGCAUGUGCCAUGUUGUGGUUAAAGUAUCAGACUUUCUCCAGGUCAAUGAAUGACCAGUUAUGUUUAUAUGUGGGUUUUUAGGAGCAGCUGUAUUUGUUCCUUCCCUCUUAAUUUUGAAGCUUUCCCCCAUGAAAUAUGGUGGCCAUGAGCCAUCUGUCAGCCAGUAUGGCUUGGGUAUUGUUGAAACUCCUGCUCUUUUGAUGGCUUGUAUUAGAGAUUCAUGUGUCAACUGUACCAUAUUAAUUUUCCAUAUGUGUGACAGGCUGCCUUAAGCUGCUGGAGAUAACAGUGGUUUUGACUCAGAUGUUUGACUGAGAUGAGAAAAUUAAGAAGAUCCUUUUUGUGCAGUUAGUACUGGCUUUCAUAGACUCCUUGCAUUUAUGGGACAAUUCUAGCACUUACAGCUGAACAGAGAAUCUUAUCAAUUUCCCUGUUUUCUUUAGUAUUAAGGUCAAAUGGAUUUUUUCUUGUAAUGAAAUGUUUUUCUUCCUCACUCUUCUCAUUAAUUCACAUAUUUUGUUAUGGAGGAGGGAACUGGGACAGGGCUGUGUUACCCAAGUGCAGGAUCACUUUUAAACUGUAGUUUUUAUAAGAUGUUAUAAACAUGUAUCUUUUUACCA